UUUUAUCAGGCGAUACAUGCUUUAGACCGACGUGGCCAUCUUUUGCGGGUGUACACUCAAAAUAUUGAUGCCAUGGAAAAGACUGCAGGCAUGUUGUCAUAUGGAGUUCCAGAUACAGAUCGCUUAGGCCAUCCUGAUUGUCCAAGAUGUGUUCCAUUGUUGGGACGCUUGGAUCAGAUGACAUGCACCCUCUGUCACACUGUGGUGUCAUCUUCUGCUUUCCUGGAUGAACUCGCCCAGGACGGGUUUCCUGUAUGUGUUAGAUGCACAUCUCACACCACUUCUAGACACCGGGGCAUCUGGCGCCCAAAUGUUGUUGUCUCUGACCAGAAGCAGCCAACCCUUGAACUGGUCCUUUCUGAAGAUGAGAAACUGGUAGACGUCUUGUUGGCUGUAGGUGUCUGGCAAGACACUCAUGACAACCUCAGCGGCUUUAUCGCUCAGUUGUCCCAAGCAGUCCAGUCCAGAGCCAGGGAUAGAAAACUUACAUCAAUUCUGAUCAACUCAGAAGCCCCUGCUCCAGAAAGGCCAGAAAUGCUGGGCCUAUUUCAGGUUUGCCUGGAAUUGGAUCUCCAGAAUUUUUUUGCCAGUAUAGUGGAGGUGGCUUAUCAGGAGGCUGUCGUUGACUCCAAUAGCAACACAAUGCUGAUCUCAAGGUAUGCAAAUGAAGAUGAAGAUUGCCCAGAGCGAGAAUUAUUUCUGUCAUUACCACCCUGGCAUUUUCCCUCCCCAUAA